AUGGCGACCACAGGUUCCCCGCCGAAUGUGGUCGUUGAAGGCCAGAUCACGACGACACAUCAUCCUGAAAUCGAAGCUGAUAGCGCCAGCGACGUCGAUUCGUCAUAUAGUGAUUCUGACCUAGAGACCUACACGACUAGCUUGUCGGAUUCAGCCUUCGACUAUCAAUAUGAAAACGGUCGCCGUUACCAUAAGUUCCGCGAAGGACAAUAUGCAUUCCCUAAUGAUGAGACUGAACAAGAUCGUUUGGACAUGCACCAUCACAUGUUGACGAUUGUCCAGAAGGGAGAGCUGCAUGGUGCCCCAUUGGAUGCGCCGCAGCAGGUCUUGGAUAUCGGCACUGGAACUGGUAUUUGGGCAAUUGAAAUGGCCGACAAAUACCCAUCCGCUGUCGUCAUUGGCAACGACCUAAGUCCAAUCCAACCCACCUGGGUUCCCCCAAACGUCAAAUUCGAAAUCGAUGAUGCAGAAAGCCAAUGGACCCAUCCAGACAACUCCUUCGACUUUGUCUAUGCUCGUUACAUGCUCGGUAGCAUCGCCGAUUGGCCAAAGCUCAUAGGACAAGCUUACCAGGCCAUUAAACCCGGCGGCUACCUCGAAAUCUUCGAACCUAGCUCCUUCAUCCUUUGUGACGACGGCUCCCUCCCCGAGGACUGCAUCCUCCGAAAAUGGAAUAAUCUCUUCAUCGAGGCCGUCGAAAAGGCUGGCCGCUCCCUCGUUGCCGCUCCGAAACACAAAACUUGGAUGGUUGAGGCCGGAUUCGUUGAUAUCCACGAAGACAUCUUCAAGCUCCCCAAUUCCCCCUGGCCUAAGGAUAAGUACCUUAAGGAAGUCGGGGCGUACCAUAUGGCUAGCUUUCUAGAGGCGUUGGAAGGAUUGACGUUGAGGUUGUUCACUGGCGUCUUGAAGCUGUCACCGGAGGAGUGCCAGUUGAUGCUCGUGGAUGUUAGGAAGGACUUGAAGAAUAGGAACUAUCAUACUUAUUAUGACUUGCACCGUGUUUAUGGCCGCAAGCCAGAGUAG